AUGCGCUUCAGCCUAGUCACGCUCUUCUCCUACGUCGCCAGUGUCCUGGCUGGACGAUACAUCGUAUUCUUGGCCCCAUCGACCGACAUUGACAAGUUCGUCGGCAAGCUCCUUCUACGCGACAGCGAUCUCAAGGUCAUCACGAAGUGGGACAAUACGCCUGGUCUGUACGGUGUUGUGGUUGACACCAACGUGUGGAACGUCUGGUCUAUCCGCAAAUUCCGCGAGGUCAGGCUGGUCCAGGAGGAUGAGUUAAUCACUCUUCCACCUCAACCGACUGCGGGCCUACCUACGGAGCCCGAAGACACUCCCUUUCCUCUGCCCAGCGCGACCUGA